CACUCUCAGUCCUCCUUCUCUCUCUCUCUCCACCAACACCAAAUCCAACAAAUGGGUUCGACCGUAGAGACUCAGACGACUCCAACCCAAGUCUCCGACGAAGAAACCAACCUCUUCGCCAUGCAGCUAGCCAGCGCCUCCGUUCCACCCAUGGUGCUCAAGGCAGCCCUCGAGCUCGACCUUCUCGAGAUCAUGGCGAAAGCCGGGCCUGACGCCUUCGUUUCUCCGGCGGACUUAGCUUCGCAGCUGCCGACCAAGAACCCUGACGCCCCCGUCAUCCUGGACCGCAUGCUGCGCCUCCUGGCCAGCUACUCCAUCCUCACUUACUCCCUCCGCACGCUUCCCGAUGGCAAAGUAGAGCGUCUGUACGGCCUCGGCCCCGUCUGCAAGUUAUUGACAAAGAACGAGGAUGGUGUGUCCAUUGCUCCUUUCUUACUCCUGACUCAGGACAAGGUCCUUGUUGAGAGCUGGUACCAUUUGAAAGAUGUUGUUCUUGAAGGAGGAAUUGCAUUCAACAAGGCCUAUGGAAUGACUACUUUUGAGUACCAUGGCAUUGACCCUAGAUUCAACAAGGUUUUUAACAAGGGAAUGGCUGACCAGUCUAGCAUUACCAUGAAGAAACUUCUUGAGACCUACAAGGGCUUUGAGGGCCUCACAUCCGUCGUUGAUGUUGGUGGUGGCAUCGGCAGUGUUAUUCACAUGAUUGUCUCUAAGUACCCCUCAAUUAAGGGCAUUAACUUCGACUUACCUCAUGUCAUCAAAGAUGCUCCCCAAUAUCCUGGUGUGGAGCAUGUUGGAGGAGACAUGUUUGUAAGUGUUCCAAAGGGAGAUGCAAUUGUCAUGAAACAUAUAUGUCACGAUUGGAGUGACGAGCACUGCUUGAAACUUUUGAAGAACUGCUACGCUGCGCUCCCCGACAAUGGGAAGGUGAUUCUUGUUGAGUUCAUUAUUCCAGUAUCUCCAAACAGCAGCCUUGCCACCAAGUUAGCUAUCCAUAUCGACCUGCUCAUGUUAGCUAACAACCCCGGCGGAAAAGAGAGGACGGAGGAUGAGUUUGAGGCCUUGGCUAAGGGAUCUGGAUUCCAAGGCUUCCGCGUCAUUUGCUCCGCUUUCCACAGCAAUGUCAUUGAAUUUCUUAAGAAGAAUUUGAUAUAACCUUGGCUAUGGAUAUUCGACUUCCUCUGGAGCAAAAAGUAGUCAAACGGAUAAAUUUUGGAGUGAUUCUAAUUGGAGGAUGUUCCUGUGUCUUUCAAAUUGUCCGUGUCAAAGUUUCAUAAUUUUUUACCCGGCAGUUUAUUUAUGGUGAUGAAAUAAAGGAGCAGCGCACAAUGCUGUCAAACUGACGUUUUGGGCUUAUUUUAGAGCCCUGAAGAUCCAAAAUCGUGGGAUUCUCUGUGGCUGGGCAGGUUUCCCUAAGUUAGAAUAGGAAUGUAGUUCCUAGUUAUCUUAUUCUAUUGUGUUUCCUAAUGUAUAGAAGACCUUUUAGGGUUUUAUUUUCUAGUACUAUAAAUAAGGCUUUUAGCCAUUAGGGUUGAGGGGAAGAGAAUGAGAGGAGAAAACGCACAAACACUUUAGAGAGCUUUUGGAUUCAAGUUUUUUAUUUUCAAGGUGUUUUCUAUCUUUGUUUUUAAUAAUAUUUCGUUGUAUGAUUGCUAGUAAUUAAAUUCCGUUUGCUGGGGCGAAGACUUGAGUCUUAGCAUGAAUAUGUAAUUUUUAUUUAAUUGCUUA